AUGAGCGACACCACAAUUGAAGGCCCAGUCCUCAUAUUUGGAGGCUGUGGCUUCCUUGGACACCACCUUGUUCGGGAAUUUGCUCGCGCGACGCCAACCCCCAAGAUCUUCGUCGUCGAUGUAAACACCGAGCGCAAUCGCAAUCCAGACGCCACCUAUCUCACUGCGAACAUCCUUCAGCGCGACGAGAUAGCCAAAAUCUUCCAACAAGUCAAACCUCAAGUCGUCCUUCACACAAUCUCACCCAACCCAUUCGAAGUCAAUCGCUCGAUUCUGGAGCAGGUGAACGUAAUCGGAACAGACAACAUAAUCCAAUGUGCCAAAGCCGUCGGCACUGUCCGCGCGUUCCUAUAUACAUCUAGCUCAUCAGUUGUCCACAACCAGCGCCAGCCUAUGAUUGAAGCAACCGAAGACUUGCCUGUACUCUUGUCGCCUGCCCAGCCAGAAUACUAUUCGCACACCAAAGCACUCGCCGAGAAGCUCGUGCUCGCUUCAAACCGCCAAUAUGACAUGUUGACGGCAGUCGUCCGGCCUGCCGCACUGUACGGCCCAGGUGAUGGCCAAAUGACGAUAAAUGUCACCAAGCAAGCUCUCACCGGCCGCGCCAACAUCCGCUUCGGCGACAAAUCGUACCUCUACGAUACAUGCUACGUGGAGAACUGCACUUACGCCCAGACACUCAUCGUAAAAGCACUCCUUGAAGCUUCUACAUCCGCACCACUCCCUGGAGACAAGAAAGUCGAAGGCGAAGCCUUCUUCGUUACAAACGACGAGCACAUCCCUUUCUGGAACCUCGCCCGCCUCGUCUCCGAGCUUCUCGGCUCCCCCGUCCCAGACGACCAAGUCAGAAACAUUCCCAUCUGGUUCAUGAAGACUUUCGCCUUGUUGGGCUCCUGGCUCUACUGGAUCUUCUCUCUCGGCCGCAAGCAGCCCAAGCUCACGCCGUGGGUUAUACGUCUCCUGACCAUGGAGCGAACGCUGUGCAUCGACAAGAUCAAGACGAGACUUGGAUACAGGCCUAAAUUCAACAACAGGCAGGGCUGGGAAAAGGCAAUCGAAUGGGCAGUGCCGGAAAUCAAAGCUGAGAAAGGGGGUAAGACUGCGUAG